CACAUACGCACUCCUCUCCAGCCCUCCAAAGCAACAGGCGAGAAGAAGGAAGAGCGACAAAAGCAAAAGAGCAACUCCUGCAACUUUUUUGGAACGAGCGCAACUAGGAGAAGCUUCCGAGGAUGCCAAACGCGUCGGUUUUGCAGAUGGAUCACAUGGGUACGCGAGGGAACUGAGUUUAUUUUUCCCAAAGAAGAAAACAGGAGGGAGGACACACGUUUUUGUUUUUUGUUUUUCCACCACCGUAUGAGACGUCAAAAGUUUCCCUCUGUGUUAACAAAGCAGGCGCCUUUGAGCUGGAGCUGAAACCCUCGGCUUGUGAUUAAAUGUCCCGGGGUCUCUGUGGAGGGCAGUGAAAGGAUGCCAGGAUGCCCUCUCUGAUCUCCCAUCUGCUUGUCAUCUGGCUGAGCGUCCACAGGCUGGUGUGGUGCACGGAGCGCUCCUCCACACGCGAGCGUUUCAAGGUGGUCAUCGCUCCUCUCAUCUGCAAGCGGGUCUGCCUGAAGGGGCAGUGCCAUAAUACCUGCGAGCAGGGCAACAACACCACGCUGAUCGCGGAGAACGGGCAGGGGGCCGACACGCUCACCGGACCGGGCUUCAGGGUCGUUGUGUGUCCCUUGACGUGUUUGAAUGGAGGAGUAUGCAGCUCGAGGAAGCACUGCCUGUGCCCUCCCGGCUUCACCGGUCGACUCUGCCAGUUUCCUCUUCAGCAAGCCCAGGCAGCGCGAGGCAACGAGCAGCCUGUGUACCCCGUAGCUUUAAAGCCAGACGGCCAGAAAUUUGUGGAGUCGAGCAUAAGCCGCAGCCAGUUCACACACACGUCGUCGAUGUCAAUCUUCAACGUCCCCUUAUCACAGCCGGGGCAUCACUCCUCAGAAGUGCAGUUUAAUGUACGUGUUCACCACACGCCAGACACCUCCGUAAUCAUUCACUCACUCGACUCAACGGAUAUCAAACCUCCUCACAAGACGGGGACACGCCAGGUCCUGGUGAGGCGCAAACCAAAGGGACGCUGCUUUCAAGAGACCACGCCCAAACAAGCCUGCAACAGCACCCCGCUUCCUGUUCUGACCAAUCAGGAGGAUUGCUGUGGGAGUGUGGGGAAUUCAUGGGGACAAAACAAAUGUUAUCAGUGCCCCAAAUUACCAAAUGCAUCAGUCAAACAGAACAUUGUGGAAGACUAUGGCUCUACUUGUCCCCAAGGCUAUAAAAGAUUCAACAGCACUCACUGUAAAGAUAUCAACGAGUGCUCCAUGCAGGGCGUCUGUCAGGACGGAGACUGUUUGAACACACUGGGCAGCUUCAAGUGUUCAUGCAAAUCUGGUUUUGUCUUGGAGCGAAAUCGAUGUGUUGAGUAUCCACCUCUGGGUCAGUGCUUCCGGAUAGCAUCCAACGACAGGAGCUGCAAUUACCCGCUGCCGACCCCCCACACCCAGGUGGUAUGCUGCUGCACAGUGGGCAAAGCCUGGGGCCGAAACUGUGAAAGAUGUCCUGAGGAGGGCACAGUGGCCUUCAAAAAACUCUGCCCUGCUGGGAAAGGCUACUUUUUGCAAAACAUAAGAGAGACGGUGCAAAUCACCGUCCCCAGCGACCAUGAAAACCAAGAGCACACCAAGAGGAUUCAUGCAGAGACAACGACCACUGCGCACCAGGUCCCCACCAGCACCACCCGUCCUCGUGUGCCUGUUAUUAAACCCACCCCGCCGACAAUCAUCCGAAUGACCCCCGGCAAUGACCCCUUCGAAACACAAACAAAAGUCUUCUCACCGACAGAUGAAUGCAGGCUGAGCAGAAACAUUUGUGGUCAUGGAGAAUGUGAGAACAGCCUGACUGGGCACAUCUGUCACUGCCAUCCUGGCUACCAUUUCAACCCGCAGAGGAACAUCUGUGAGGAUGAUAACGAAUGUGAGUCAGAGCCGUGCGGCCAUGGCAGAGGCUAUUGCGUCAACACAGAGGGAGCAUACAAAUGCUUCUGUCGCCCAGGCUACAAACACAUGGUGCAGCAUGGUAGACUUAAGUGUGUAGAUGUGGAUGAGUGCUUUAACCAGGACAUCUGUGGUAUCGGGGGUCGUUGUGUGAACCUACCAGGCUCUUAUAAAUGUGAAUGUCACAGCGGUUUUAGGAGCAAGUCACACCGUAGUCCAGCCUGUGAAGACAUAAAUGAGUGUUUGAAUCCCGACACUUGCCCCAAUGAACAAUGUGAGAACACGCCAGGCUCCUACGAGUGUGUCCCCUGCUUGCCUGGUCAUGAAGCCCGUGCUGGCAUCUGCUAUGAUAUUAAUGAGUGUCAGAAGCCUGGCAUCUGCCCUAACGGUCACUGUGAGAACCUGGCUGGUACCUACCGCUGCCUGUGCAACGAGGGCUUCCUCCCAUCUGUAGACAGCAAAUCUUGCACUGACAUCGAUGAGUGUGCGGACAUUCGGCUGUGCGCUAACGGCCACUGCAUCAAUACUGACGGCUCCUUCAAAUGCCAUUGCUACCCAGGAUACCAGCGCACGCAAGAGGGCAGCCACUGUGAAGAUAUCAACGAGUGUAAAAAUCCAUCAAGCUGUCAUGGGGGCCGCUGUAUCAACAAGAUGGGUACAUACCACUGCGAGUGCCAGCAGGGGUACAAACUGGUCGGAGGCAGGGAAUGCCAAGACAUUGAUGAAUGUGCCUUGGACAGAAGUCUCUGCCAGCCCCACGGCUUUUGUGGGAACAAACCGGGCUCGUACGAGUGUGUCUGCAAUCACGGUUACAUCCUCUCAGAGGAUAGACACUACUGUGAGCCUGUUCGAGUGGUGAUGGAUGAGAAGAAAGAGUGCUACCUGAACCUUGAUGACACCGUUUUCUGCGAUAGCGUCCUGGCCACCAAUGUCACCAAGCAGGAGUGCUGCUGCUCCAUCGGAGUGGGAUGGGGAGAUCACUGUGAGAUCUAUCCCUGUCCUGUCUCCCAUUCAGCCGAGUUCCACGACCUUUGUCCAAAUGGGCAAGGUCUCUACUAUGAAGAGCGUCUCCAGUACAACCUCCCGGCCUACCAGGAUAUUGACGAGUGUUCCUUGUUUGCUGAAGAAAUCUGUAAGAAAGGUCGCUGUGAGAACACGCUUCCAGGCUACGAGUGCUACUGUCAACAGGGCUUCUACUACGAUAGCAACCUCCUUGAGUGCAUUGUGUCUGUGGUGCCCUUUGCAGAUGUGAAUGAGUGCCAGGACCCCUCGUACUGUAAGAACGGGAGGUGUGAGAACACGCCCGGCUCCUUUCACUGCUUUUGUGACCCUCCCCUCACCUUCAGUGCAGCGCUGAAACAGUGCGUCUAUGACGAUCGGACUGCAGCUCACAAGGAUGUGUGCUUCACGCGAAUUGAGGAGGGCUGGAUCUGCAGCGAGCCCCAGAACCGGGUGGUGACGUAUUCAGAGUGCUGCUGUCACUUCGGCCGUGGCUGGGGGCCCGAGUGUAACAGCUGCCCUCCCAGAAACUCAGCAAUGUUCAGCCAUCUGUGUGGGAUGCAUCUUGAGACGGAGUCAGACGGGGAACAGGAUUUGCAGGCAGCUUUUCCCAACUACAACCCGGGUGACAGUUCAGAAGAAGAUUCUGACGAAUGCAGCUGCGGACAUGGCCGCUGUGUCCGUUCCUACCUGGGCACUAUGUGUGAAUGUAACCCAGGCUUUAGGCUAGACUACUCGCGUGCUCGCUGUAUAGACAUUGACGAGUGUGCAGAACCAGAUGUCCGUGUUAGUCCGUGCAAGAACGCUCGCUGUGUGAACACUUCUGGCUCGUACAAGUGCUUGUGCAAGCAAGGCUUUGUGCACACGCGUAGGCCAAACGUGUGCAUCCGUCGCAGAACUCGGUAACCUCUGUGCGUUGCUCUGCGUGCCGCUACGUCUCUCCCCAUCUACGCGGCGUGCACAAACAACCCAGCACGUGCAGCUCUUACACUCCUCUCUCAUGGUACAUACAUGGGACUGUGUGAACGCAGUAAACAUACAAACAUGUUGUCAUCGGGAGCCACGUCAUAACAAUAUAAAAUGUACAAAACAUAUCAUUGUCAGCCCCCUUUUCAUUGGCCAGUCCACAUUUUAAAAAAAUCUGCAACACAGAUAAGGAAUAUGUUUGUUUAUUUGUGCGCUAAAAGUAUUUUGUAAUUAUUUUUUUAUUUCGAACUGUUUUUGUAGUUUAAAUUGUGCAUUUUGUGAUUUUUGUCAUUGACCUCCCAGUUGCUUUUAUCUUCUUUUGAAUUUUUGAUUCAAACAAUGAGGAAAUGAGUUUCAAACAUUUCAAUGGUAUUAUAAUUGUCUUUAACCUAUUCAGUAGUUGUAUAUUGUAGGAAUGCCUUGUGGUAUUCCCAUUUACAUUCCCAGUUGCAUCCACAUUCUUUCAUGUUUAAGUCAUCUGAAUUUUAUUUCCUUGCCACACGUUGUUGACAUUGUUUUUUUGUACAGUUUGUUUCGUGGAUUGGUCCCUGUCCUCCCCUUCUUUAUUUGUUUAUGUAAAAUAUGAGAAACCUGAGGUUUUUGUAUAAUUUGACAUGUGCACCUAAGUGGACUUAAGCUUGAUAAAAACAUUUCAUGCACUUAGCAAUAAAUAUAGUGGAAAUAUUUGCGAAAUAUAGCUUAUUCUGAAAAAGAAAUCAAGCAAGUUUAACACCUAUUGCCAUUAAACACUGCAUUAAAGUAUUUAGAAAGCCAAAGAUGCUGUUGUGAUAAGAAGAAUUUGAUUAAAAAAAUGACAACCUUU